AUCCUCAUUCGCCGCCGACAUGAGCAACCAGUCUUGGCAGUUGUUGAACCCGGAAACGGUGCUGUCAAUUCCACUGAAGAAGACUGAUCCGGUGGAGCUGUACCUGCCGUUACGCAAGUUGGUAGCCUCAAAAUACUCGGAGAGCGAUGCAGAAAAAGUUGAAAGCGUUCUGGAAACCCUAAACAAAUGCCGCAGGGACAUGGUGGAGCGUAGAGGGGAUCUCUCCCUUCCCAUGCAACGUGACUGCCUCAUCCACUACUUCAAAUGCCUUUGCAUGGUUGAGUCACUCUUCACCUCUCUCUCCUCCGACGCCGACGCCGACGCCGAUGCCGAUGCCGAUCCCAUCAUCUUUGUCUGGUACGACGCCUUCAACCCUGAGCAUGAGGAAGGGGUCUUCUCACAGCGCAACGGCAUCCAAUUGGAGAAGGCCGCUGUUGUCUUCAACCUUGGAGCCAUCUGCAGCCAGAUUGCUGCCUCUUACGACCGUACCACCGCCCUUGGCCGUCACCUUGCAAUGGAAGCCUUCAAAGUUGCCGCCAAUUUCUUCUUCCAACUCUGGAAGGUUUUUGCCAAGGACGUGGUCUCCGCCACCCUCGAUUUGACUCCCCUCUUAGCGCAGUUUCUGCACGCCCUCUUCUCCGCUCAGGCUUCCGAGCUCGAAUUACAGCCACAACUCCUCAACGACGCCCGUUACGCUCUCCAUCAAUCGGUUCAUUUGCUUUAUGCUAGAGCAGUUACACUGAUACAUAAUGUUUUGAGAGCGGCUAAACUGAAACAUGUCUACUGUUUUGACCGAACCUGGGCAACUCAUCUUUCCGAGAAGGAGGGAUUCUUUGGUAACUCAUCGAUGCAUUCUUGGAAUCUGGCUCAGGCAGAGGCUCCUCAGAGGGAAUCAUCCAUCCCAGAGCAACCUGAUGCAGAAUGUGUCGCUGAGAUAUUAGUUAGAGGGAUUUGCAGGCGCUCGAUACCCAAUCUACAACAAAUAUACGUUGACCUCAUCCUCUCAGAGUACAAUCCUUUCAAGCUUAUGAAGGAUGGAAAGCUGGUGGCUUACCCAUGGGACAUGCCUCCUCGUUAUCCAACAGAUUCGGCAAUCCUGUCGUCUUUGAUGUCUUCGCUGUUGUCAGGUAUUCUUGCAUUGCUUCCUUUGAAGAAGAGUGAGCCCUUGAAUCUCUAUGAGUCCCUGCGCAAUUACUUUGUCCUCAAAUACUCUGAGAGCGUGGCAAAGAGAGUAGAAGGCCCUCUCGAAAUGCUACACAAAUUGCGCAAUCAGAUGCUGCGUGAUGACCUUUCGCUACCCCUUCGCCGUGACUGUCUCAUCCGUUAUUUCAAAUGCCUUUGCAUGAUUGAGCCUUUCUUCCCUAUGAAUGCCUCACCCAACCCACCUGUCUUUGUUUGGUACAAUGCCAUCAACCCGCAACAGGACUCUUCUCAGCAUAACAUCCAUUUGGAGAAGGCCUCUGUUCUCUUCAACCUGGUAGCUCUCUGCACCCACAUUGCUCUCUCCUGCGAUCUCACCACCAUCCAAGGCUGUCGCCUUGCCAUGGAGGCCUUAAAUGAAGCUUUAAAUUGGGUCUCUCCACUGCCGGGUGAGUCUAAGAAGGCAUCUGGCACGAUUGACCUGUCAGAACAAUACACCAGUAAGAUAAAAAAUGAGAUUGUCGGCUUGAAACACAAGUUUCCUCAUCCCCAAUCCGAUGUAUCAUCAUUACCUGAAUAUCCUGCUUCAACUAAUGAUCCGUCGAGUGAUGUCACUGAACAAUUUCUUUUAGGGUAUUGUAAGGCUCACUCCCUGCUUCAAGAGGUAUGUGAAGCAGCAUGCUUGGACCUUCUCUCUGCGGUUAGCCCCGUCAAGAUUAAGGAUGGAAAUCUUGUGGCCAAUGCAACCUUAGAGGCAGCAUUGGAGAACAUGAGCUUGCAGGAGACCAGCGACGGAUACAUGUAUAUUGCUGGUGGGGUAACUGAACCUACUACAAAUUGAGAUGUUUUUUAGUAGUACAUGUAUACACAACAGUAACAUUACCGUAGAGAAGAACUAAACAAGCUUUAGGAAUGAACUCAUUUACUUUUUUAAAUUGGAUAUUGG